CGUGCCUCGCAAACACUCUGCGACCAGUACUACUCAACAAGGUUUCAAACAAUGACCCGCAGAGUCUGAUACAGUAUUAUUUCGAGUUAUUAUGGCGUCCGUUGAGAAAAUUUUAGCUUCUUUGCUCCUGCUUUUGGGGGGCUGGUUGGAAGGAACCGCCGGCCAGUGCACCGUCCCCUACGUGAUCCGCGGGACAUGGUUCAGCUUCGAGAGCGGCCGCAACACCAUCACCGACAUCGAUCAGACGACGAUGUCCGGCCACGGAACCUGCGUCGCCGUCAAGGUGUACCGUCAUGACUUCAAGGCGUUCCUCUUCAAGGACAACGAGUGCUUCUACUGCGUCCACUUCAACGUGCGCACCGUCAACGUGCUAGAGAAGAGCGAGACCGGCUGCGUGACCUUCCCCACGGGCUACACGCCGUCGCUGGACGAGGCGUGUAGCGAGAUGGACAAGAACCAGGCGCUCAUCACCAUGUUUAACGAGAACUACGUGCCCAAGAACUGUCGCUCGGCCAUCGAGGGCGUGUGGCACUUCGCUUACCAGAACAGAUUCAGCUUCACCGGCGAGUGCAACCACCCUGAGGCCAAGAUCCAGUCGUGCCAGGAGCCCGGCAACCAGUUCCUCAUCGCCAACCAGAAGUUCAACAUCACUUUCAAGAAGUGUGAAGGAAUCAAGGAGUCCUUCGAGGGAGCCAAGGAAUUCUCGUGUCUCGGCGACUGGUUCGUGGGCAAGAACCACUACUUCGCCGUGGCCAACACGAAGGAGUCUCGGAAGGACGAAAAGUACCGCUGCUUCGUCAGGAACAGGGACGACGACAUUUACAUGGGCCACUCCAUCACGCCGGAGUGCUCGGUCCUGAACACGCCAGAGAACAGUCCUUUCAGGUUCAGGAUGGACCCAGUGAAACAAGAGACGGUGAACCCCGGGUGCCUGUUGCCGAAGAACUUUAGCGGGGAGUGGGUCAACACUGCCCACACCGAGGCCGACGUCUUCAUCAACCAGACCCACAUCAUCGAGACAACCUACCCGGAUGAGGGUCGCUUCAGGAGGACUAUUUACGUCUGCAGAGAACAGAGAGACAAUCGAUACAUGAUGGCCAGGCUCAACAUCGACGGUUGCCAGAAGGACUACGUGUGCUUCGAGUUCGUCCCUCGCCACCACAACAUCAUCCGCUUCAGGAAGGGGAGGGAGAUGAUCAGGGAGGAGUUCUCGACCGUAUGCUCGUAUGUGCAGUUCCAGAGCGGCCGGGAGUGGAACUACGACCUCAUGUUAGCCAAGGACCCGGUGCCCGUCAAGUGCCCAGUGGCUGGCAAGUUCAACUUCACCCAAACUGGAGAGCUGAAGUUCGAGACCCGUAUCCUUGGGGGCGUGACCAAGAGCCCUUGGGACCACAUCUACUGUCGAGAGAACAUCUCCGACCUUUCGGUCUGCGACCAAGACCAGAAAGAGAUGUGGAUCGAUGCCCAUUACUGUAUUAGCGUCGACGCCUACGGCAGACAUGUUGAUAUUUAUUCUGACCCAGACUACAAGCUGAAGUGCGUCGGGUACUGGAAGGAGAACCUCAAGUCCUACCUGAUUACGUACGACGAGCUUGAUCCUUACUCGAAGUACAGAUGCUGGAUUUACCAGAGAGCUGACCUGAACAAGAUCCUGAUGUCCCAGAGCGUCGGCCCCUUCUGCAACCUGCAUCAGACGGUGCACGGCACGGGAGGAGGCUCGGCCGUGUCGAUCAAGAUGGUGGAGUACGAGAGAGAACACGACCGGUGCCCCAUGCACUUCGACGACGGUGCCAACCCCUGGCAGGAGCCCGGCAGCCAGGUCCACAAGUUCCGUUUCACAGGCGGCUCGGAAUUCGUCGGCGCCUCCCUCGUCACGAUCCUGCUCAGCUUCUUCGUCAGUUGGCUGCUCUCGAGGAAGCCCUAAGAGAACCCGCAGGAAGAGGCCAGCUGGAGAGGCGCCUCAGAGGCCGGGGAUUGGCGAGUGCGAAGGUGUUCUGCCCGAAGAGGUUUCCCUUCAGUGAGAGCAAUGAUGCUUUGGAUGAGAGCGUUGCGAGUGAAAUAGGAACUGGAAAGAUUAUGUAGUGAACAAAAUUAAUGUAUGUUCUUCAUAUUGAUGCCAGCGCAUGGACAUACGAAAAUCUAAUGAAGCUCUUCAGAUACUUGCGCAAUAUUUUUAAUUAUUUGGAAAAGUAGUAGUGAGUUUUGUACUGUAUUAUCAGGUUCGUGGAUUCAUUUACUAGAUUCUGACAGUUAUUUGGAAUAACAAUGUGUGCAUGUGUGUAUAUAAGUUAGAAUCAAAGAUUCGUUUCCUGAAUCUGGUUUUUAGUUAUAAGUAUGAAAUGUUUGUUUAAGAAAACACUUUAUAUUGAUACUAAUGUUUUGUUAACUGUAUAUAACAUGUGUUCAACCAAUUACAUUAGAUGUUUUAGUUGUGUCUGUGUUGAUAAACACAGUUAUCAUUAUACAGCUGCAAUUCUAAUUUAGUGUACACGUUACACCAUCACACCAUUUUUAUGUACUUUGUAUACAUUUUUGUGAUAUGAUACCGUUUUUCUUCGUGUACUUUAUUUGUAUUUUUUUGAUGAAGGACCUCGACUAAGACCAAAUACGGGCCCAGUGACGAAUCUGAUCAUGUUAAAGGUAUAAAUUAUAAUCGUAAUUAAUUCACAAAAUAUUUAGAAUCACAAUUAUAGUUAUUGACACGUUAUCUGAUACAGAUCUUCUAAUGGGUUUUACAUCCCUGCAAACUGGGACACCAUGCUAUUCCAUGGUCAACUAAGUUUCGCAUUUUUACUUAUUUUUCAUCCGUCCGAAAUGAGUGACCAAACUUACCUUCCUAUUUUGGCUUUUUAUCUGUGAAAUCCAGAGAAAAGCGCUGUUCUCUUCGCAGCUUGAAGCACGAGAAGGGAAUGAAAAGUUGCCAAAUUAUAUCUCUGUAUGACUGUCACAAAACUCUGUGCUCACUCUGUACUUAGCUUUUCAUAUGUGUACUUUGAAACUGUAUUCCGUCCAGUGGAAAGCAUACAAGAAAUAUAUUAUUUUUCUCUACUUUUGAAUAAAUGUUUGUUUCAAA